ACCUCGCGUGCGCGACGCAGACGCACGCAAGUGAUCCGAGAAUGGCGGCCGACGGAGGCUGUGCUGCUGCUCCUUCUUCUUCAGCGCCGACGCUGCCGUGCUCCUUCUCGCCGAACUCGCGGCAUUACCUCGCCGUGUGCGCGCAGGACGGGCGGCUACGGGUCUGGAACGCCGACUCGCGCGCGCUCCACCGCGAGUACGUGCCUUCCGCGCACCUCAGCGCCACUUGUACUUGCAUCGCCUGGGGACCAUGCCGAGCGACCAAGGAGGGGCCUCAGAGGAAGAAGAGGAAGUCGGAGGCGGGUCCGGCGUCGGCUCAGCAGUCGGAUCUGUUGGCUCUGGGUACGGCAGCCGGUACCGUCCUCAUCUACAGCACGGUGAAGGGAGAUCUCCACUGUACUCUGGACGGAGUGCAUAACGGAAGUGUGAACAGCGUCCAGUGGCACCCUAAAGAAUCUGUCCUGUACAGCGGCUCAGACGAUACACACAUCGCCGAGUGGGACCUGAAGACGGGAAAAACACUCUGUAAAUGGAAAGCGGAUAGAGCGGCGGUAACGAGUCUGUGUGUGAGUCCUGACGGGAAACUCCUGCUCACCGCCGGAAUGACCAUCAAAAUGUGGGACCUGGAGACCAAGGAGGUGUACAGGAAGUUCACAGGUCACUCGACCACGGUAACGACCCUGUGCUUCGCCACGACCCGACCUCCGGACAGCGACGGCCUCUACUUCCUGUCCGGGGCGGCUCACGACAGACUGCUCAGUGUGUGGCAGGUACGCUCUGACGGCAAAGACAAGAACUCGGUGGUAUCGUUCACGCUGACGGACGAACCCCAACACAUCGACCUGCAGAUCUCCAACAGGAAAGACGAGGCGGUGCGGUUAGCGGUGGUGUGUAAGGACGGGCAGCUGCAUCUCUUCGAGCACUUUCUCAACGGGCCGUGUAAGAAGCCCCUGUCCCCAGUGUGUUCGGUGCAGGUGUCGAGCGGCAGCUCUGGUGAAGGUACCACCCCGAUGCCCGUCUCCCUGCUGGCUGCCGCUCUGUGUUCAGACAGACAGAGCGUCAUGCUGGCGUACGGAAGCCACCUACAACCCGUCAUGGAGAAAACGUCCAUCAACACGUCAGAGAGGCACGUGUGUCUGAUCCGAGACGUGCACACGAUGCUGUCGCUUUCAGUCGACGCUGCAGUCACGAAGGUGAAGACGCCCAUCGUGAACGAAAAGAAGAGCAAAGUUUUAAUACCGGGACUUCCUGGGCAUCAAGCGCCAAUCAAAGCCACUCCCAGCCAAUCAGAAAAGAGGAAGAAAGGAACCGUUCCUACGGAGAUGUCGAUAGAGGAGCGGUUGGAGCAGAUCGAGCUGAGCGCGUCACGUGGUAAGGGACAGAGCAAAGGCGCUUCGGAUUCGCUCCAGACGGACGGCUUCGCCGUGCUGCUCGUUCAGGGCCUCGAGAGCAAAGACGAGAAGAUCCUCAACAAAAUCUUUCAAUCGAGGAAGGAAGCCAUGAUUAAGAACACGGUGGCGCGGUUGCCUCUUUCGGCUGUCCUGCCUCUCGUGGAGGAACUGACGAGAAGGCUGCAUGGAAACCCGUUCACGGCGAUUCUGAUCAUGCAGUGGCUGAAGGCCGUGCUGACGCAGCACACGGCGUACUUGUCAUCGCUCCCAGACAUGGUGUCUCAGCUGGGGCCGCUCUACCACAUGAUCGAGAGCCGGGUGAAGCUGUACCAGCAGCUGAUGAGACUCCACGGCAAGCUCUACCUGCUCAUGAUGCAGGUGGCGACAAGCAACUGUUCCAACACAGUAACCGAGCUGAGCCGCACCGCCAAUCUGGUGUACGAGGAAGAGUCCUCGGACGAAGAGGCAGACUCUGGAGACGAGGGACGCCCUGAAGAAGACUCCGAUAGCUGGGAGGAGGAAGAGGAGGACGACAAGGAGGAAGGGAUGGACGUAGCGGAGGACAAAGAAAACCAUGCGGACGAGAGCGACGAAGGCGGGAAGGACGAGUCCAAAGCAAACGGCGAUUCAGACUUGGACGCUGAGAGCGAAGAGGAAUGAAACGAUCAACGGAAUUAAAAAAAAUUUGCUUGGAAAGUUUAUAUAUUAUACGUUUAUUUUUAUUUUUUUUCAUGUUUUCAUUUUAUUGUAAAAACAAAAACAAAACAAAAAAACCACAAAUGGCCGGUUUUAUAGAGUUCCUACGUGUCAUGGACUGAAAGCGGUCGAGUCCAAGGAUGGCCACCAGGGCGGCGACAUUCACGGACUCGGAAGUGUGAACGCGGCAGGAAUGUUCGCCCCGCAGCUAUUUUACUCGCUCUUCCUUUGACCCUUGACCCCAGAGUGGCUCAUUUAUUCAUCCUUCUGUUUUGUUUUUGUUGUUCUUAUGGUCAUGUGGUAGCAGUGUACCACAACUUUAGGAUUUAUGGUCCAGGCUUUGCUGGUGUAUUGCUUAAUUAUACAAACCAUUAUACAGAAUCUCACAGUUUUAAAGUUGCAUUUCUAAAAAUACGUACCAAGAUGAGGAAUGUACUUUUCACGUUCCUCCUUUUUUGCUACGAUACAGAUAUCAGAGUGAAUAGCAAUGCUGAUACCAUGCUGAAAUCCUUCUGUUGACUUUCCUGUGAGCUUCUGCUGCUGAGUUGCACAAAAAAAACCCCAAAACUUCAUGACGUGACGAGGACAAUUUGUGUCCAGUGUAUCACGUUUAGGCAUAAAAUACAAAAUUGGAAAUGACGUCAAAUCUGUUAUCAGACUGAUGUGUCCCUAUCUUACAGGGAGUUUAUUAUUUUGUUCUUUUCUUUAGGGGAAAUUUUGGUGGUUUGCUUAGGGAUUGUCUAUCCGUAAAUCAAGUUUGAUCAAGAAUGGGACAAAGCAGGAUGUUCGAAUCUGUUCCCGAGCAAGUACAUUUGAGCUAAAUUGGGUUUAACCGCAAACUUCCACCCCAGAAACUUCUGCUACUGUGACCUUCUGUCUCGCUGCAUUUUUAAGUGCGUAACGUUGCAGCACAGACUGACGACUGACCCCGUCCCCCAGCUUUUUCAAGUUCUGUCCAUGAAUAUAGCCUUUGUUUCCCAAAACCACUCCUCAUUUCUUUAUUUUAAUGUUUUGUUUUUGUUUUUUUGCCCCCACCCCCACCUUUUGUCCCCAUCAGCCUUGAAGUGUUGUUUAAUUGUGUCCACUUCCUCUAAUGACGGUUUGCGAGUGGAGGUCGACAUGAAUGUUGCUCAAUUCGGUGAAUAAUAAAAGUCUCUGCGACCCGUGUUCAGAAAACUUGGUUGCUUAGAGAGAGGGGGGAAAAAAUAAAUAACCCGAUUUGUCAGCUGUAACCUUUUUUCAAUGCAAGCAGUAUAUAUGGACAACUGUUGUACAGUUGAAAUGAAAUAAAUUCCUUUUUGUUCUCAGAA